AUGGCAGAGAGCAAUGAAGAGAGGCGUGAGGUGAUUGUGGAAGAUUUUCAUAGGAACGGGUCGAGUAUUAGGAUUGAUCGUGAGGGGUCGAGUAUUAGGAUUGAUCGUGAGGGGUCGAGUAUUAGGAUUGAUCGUGAGGGGUCGAGUAUUAGGAUUGAUCGUGAGGGGUCGAGUAUUAGGAAUGAUCGUGAGGGGUCGAGUAUUAGGAUUGAUCGUGAGGGGUCGAGUAUUAGGAUUGAUCGUGAGGGGUCGAGUAUUAGGAUUGAUCGUGAGGGAUCGAGUAUUAGGAUUGAUCGUGAGGGGUCGAGUAUUAGGAUUGAUCGUGAGGGGUCGAGUAUUAGGAUUGAUCGUGAGGGGUCGAGUAUUAGGAUUGAUCGUGAGGGGUCGAGUAUUAGGAUUGAUCGUGAGGGGUCGAGUAUUAGGAUUGAUCGUGAGGGGUCGAGUAUUAGGAUUGAUCGUGAGGGAUCGAGUAUUAGGAUUGAUCGUGAGGGGUCGAGUAUUAGGAUUGAUCGUGAGGGGUCGAGUAUUAGGAGUGAUCGUGAGGGGUCGAGUAUUAGGAAUGAUCGUGAGGGGUCGAGUAUUAGGAGUGAUCGUGAGGGGUCGAGUAUUAGGAUUGAUCGUGAGGGGUCGAGUAUUAGGAUUGAUCGUGAGGGAUCGAGUAUUAGGAUUGAUCGUGAGGGGUCGAGUAUUAGGAUUGAUCGUGAGGGGUCGAGUAUUAGGAUUGAUCGUGAGGGGUCGAGUAUUAGGAUUGAUCGUGAGGGGUCGAUUAUUAGGAUUGAUCGUGAGGGGUCGAGUAUUAGGAUUGAUCGUGAGGGGUCGAGUAUUAGGAUUGAUCGUGAGGGGUCGAGUAUUAGGAUUGAUCGUGAGGGGUCGAGUAUUAGGAUUGAUCGUGAGGGGUCGAGUAUUAGGAUUGAUCGUGAGGGGUCGAGUAUUAGGAUUGAUCGUGAGGGGUCGAGUAUUAGGAUUGAUCGUGAGGGGUCGAGUAUUAGGAUUGAUCGUGAGGGGUCGAGUAUUAGGAUUGAUCGUGAGGGGUCGAGUAUUAGGAUUGAUCGUGAGGGGUCGAGUAUUAGGAUUGAUCGUGAGGGGUCGAGUAUUAGGAUUGAUCGUGAGGGGUCGAGUAUUAGGAUUGAUCGUGAGGGGUCGAGUAUUAGGAUUGAUCGUGAGGGGUCGAGUAUUAGGAUUGAUCGUGAGGGGUCGAGUAUUAGGAUUGAUCGGUCGAGUAUUAGGAUUGAUCGUGAGGGGUCGAGUAUUAGGAUUGAUCGUGAGGGGUCGAGUAUUAGGAUUGAUCGUGAGGGGUCGAGUAUUAGGAUUGAUCGUGAGGGGUCGAGUAUUAGGAUUGAUCGUGAGGGGUCGAGUAUUAGGAUUGAUCGUGAGGGGUCGAGUAUUAGGAUUGAUCGUGAGGGGUCGAGUAUUAGGAUUGAUCGUGAGGGGUCGAGUAUUAGGAUUGAUCGUGAGGGGUCGAGUAUUAGGAUUGAUCGUGAGGGGUCGAGUAUUAGGAUUGAUCGUGAGGGGUCGAGUAUUAGGAUUGAUCGUGAGGGGUCGAGCAUUAGGAUUGAUCGUGAGGGGUCGAGCAUUAGGAUUGAUCGUGAGGGGUCGAGCAUUAGGAUUGAUCGUGAGGGGUCGAGUAUUAGGAUUGAUCGUGAGGGGUCGAGUAUUAGGAUUGAUCGUGAGGGGUCGAGUAUUAGGAUUGAUCGUGAGGGGUCGAGUAUUAGGAUUGAUCGUGAGGGGUCGAGUAUUAGGAUUGAUCGUGAGGGGUCGAGUAUUAGUGUCGAUCAGUAUUGA